AUGAGUGAAAGCCCUCUUGUUGCUAUAGGGCUGUGUUUGCAGGUUCGUUUUGCAGCAGCAGCAGCAGCACAUGGGGGCUUCAUUCCACAACGAACUUUCGAAAUCGGAGGUCAAGCAGAAUUAAAUGUUGUAAUGUCAAGUUCAUCAUGGUUCGUUUUGCAGCAGCAGCAGCAGCAGCAGCAGCACAUGGGGGCUUCAUUCCACAACGAAUUUUCGAAAUCGGAGGUUCGUUUUGCAGCAGCAGCAGCAGCAGCACAUGGGGGCUUCAUUCCACAACGAAUUUUCGAAAUCGGAGGUCAAGCAGAAUUAAAUGUUGUAAUGUCAAGUUCAUCAUGGUUCGUUUUGCAGCAGCAGCAGCAGCAGCAGCAGCACAUGGGGGCUUCAUUCCACAACGAAUUUUCGAAAUCGGAGCAGCAGCAGCAGCAGCAGCAGCACAUGGGGGCUUCAUUCCACAACGAAUUUUCGAAAUCGGAGGUUCGUUUUGCAGCAGCAGCAGCAGCAGCACAUGGGGGCUUCAUUCCACAACGAAUUUUCGAAAUCGGAGGUCAAGCAGAAUUAAAUGUUGUAAUGUCAAGUUCAUCAUGGUUAGUUUUGCAGCAGCAGCAGCAGCAGCAGCACAUGGGGGCUUCAUUCCACAACGAAUUUUCGAAAUCGGAGGUUCGUUUUGCAGCAGCAGCAGCAGCAGCACAUGGGGGCUUCAUUCCACAACGAAUUUUCGAAAUCGGAGGUCAAGCAGAAUUAAAUGUUGUAAUGUCAAGUUCAUCAUGGUUCGUUUUGCAGCAGCAGCAGCAGCAGCAGCACAUGGGGGCUUCAUUCCACAACGAAUUUUCGAAAUCGGAGGUCAAGCAGAAUUAA